AAGCUAUGAAGCUGCGAGUCGAGAACAAACGACGCCGGCUUCGCGACCGGGCUGAUGAUCCGGUUGUGUGGACCCAAAAGCCUUACUCAAUCGGGAAGUUCCACGCGGACGAAAGGGGUUUCUUCUUGAGGCUCUGUUAAAAGGCGAAAAUUCUUACCGUAGCAGAUUCUUUCAUAGGAAUGAUAUACCAAGCAUCUACAACCCAGAAACAGUACCUAGCUAAUCUUCAUACUUACCGAAUAUUUGACCAAUAUGCCUGGUGUUCUCGACAAUACGGUCUCGACCGAGGUCCCUGGACCUCUGUCCCGGGCCAGCGCAAAGAAGCUAGACACCUUCUUCGACGCGCGUGCCGUCCAUUUCGUGGUGGAUUAUGACAAGAGCGAGGGCACAUACAUUGUGGAUGUCGAUGGGAACCGUUACCUUGACGUGUAUUCGCAAAUUGCAUCUAUUCCUAUCGGGUAUAACAACCCCGCUAGCAUUGCUGCUGCCCAGUCUCCGGAGAUGCUGUCAGCUCUUGUGAACCGUCCCGCGAUUGGAAACUUCCCUUCGCGUGUAUGGGGAGAGAUCCUCGAGGGUGGGCUGCUUAAAAUUGCGCCGAAGGGUCUAGACCAGAUUUUCACUGCUCAGUCCGGCUCCGAAGCCAAUGAGCUUGCCUAUAAGGCCUCCUUCAUGCUUUACAGGCGUAAGGAGCGCGGGGAUGGCGUAGAGUGGACUAGCGAGGAGAUCACAUCCUGCCUUGACAACGCUAAGCCCGGCUCACCUGAGCUUGCUGUUAUGAGUUUCAGAAACUCGUUCCAUGGACGUGGCUUUGGCAGUCUAUCGACUACGCGAUCAAAGCCUGUGCAUAAACUUGAUAUUCCUUCUUUCAACUGGCCUCAAGCGUCCUUCCCAGCCCUGAAGUACCCUCUAGAGAAGUACGAAGCCGAGAACAAUGCCGAGGAAAAGCGAUGCUUGCAGGAAGUCGAGGAUCUAAUCAGGUCUUGGCACUGCCCUGUAGCGGCACUCAUUGUUGAGCCCAUUCAGAGUGAAGGUGGCGAUAACCACGCCUCUCCGGCAUUCUUUCAGGGCCUGCGGGAUAUUACCAAGAAACACGGUGUCGUUAUGAUCGUGGACGAGGUUCAAACAGGAUUUGGAGCUACUGGCAAGUUUUGGGCUCAUGAGCAUUGGAAUCUUGCAUCGCCCCCUGAUAUCGUCACUUUCUCCAAGAAAGCCCAAACUGCUGGCUACUUUUUCGGAGAUCGCGCGUUGAUUCCCGACAAAGCUUACAGACAGUUUAAUACGUGGAUGGGAGAUGCGGCUCGUGUCAUUAUGAGCAAGACAAUCAUCCAAGAAAUCCUCGAUAAGGACCUUGUCGGACAAUGUGCUCGUGUAGGGGAAGCGCUGUACGCUGAGAUGGAGAAGCUCGCUCAGAAAUAUCCUGGUUACGUGCAGAACCUGCGCGGAAAAGGCAAGGGUACCUAUAUCGCCUUUGAUACUAAGGACGCCGGUUCUCUCGUGAAGGCUAUGAAGAAACUUGGAGUUCUGGUAGGUACCUGUGGAAAGGAAACGGUUAGAUUACGGCCCAUGCUUAUCUUCGAAGAAAAGCACAUUCCAACUUUGGUCGCCGCUUUUGAUCAAGCACUUGGGGAAUUGUAA